AUGUCAGACUCGCAAGGCCUGACGCCAACCACGCCGACCUUCCCACCCGGUUCGAGGAGGAGACCAAGGGCCCCGGAAGCGGAGCGCAACGAUGCCACCGCAGCCAGGGCCAACGAAGACGACGAGGCACUAGAUGAGAUCCGCAGGUACGAGAGCUUCUCGACCGUAGACUGGAUCGUCGAUGGAACCCGGGAGCGCAACCGCCUGGCGCGGGAGCGAGAAGCCGAGUCGAUCUACUUCUCCAACGCUCAGCUCGCGAACGGAGGCGAGGCCGCAUGGGGCCGCUUCGGCUUCGGCAGAGCAGGGCUGCCCCCGAGGUGGUGGUCCAGAGGGCCCUGGGGUCGGAGGCUGUGGCUCAUCUGGGGCGUCGUCAAGAGCGCCCUCAGCGCCUUCACAGACAGCGGCGUCGUGGUGCUGGUCGGCAUCAUCAUCGGCCUCAACAUGGGCAUGAUCAGUCUCGCCACAGAGUGGGCAUCGGACCUCAAGCAGGGCUACUGCUCGUCGGGCUGGUGGCUCAACCAAAAAUUCUGCUGCUGGGAGAUGAUGGACCCGGCGGGCCCGGGAGGAGCGCCAAUACCCGCGGCCGCCAAGGCGGUAGCGGCAACGACGGCAACGGCGUCGCUAGCAGCUCCUUCGCUGGCUGCUGAUGCGACCAAGUCGGCCCUUGGCACAGCGGCGACCUCUGGUACGGCGGCCAACCUCACGGCGCGGCUCGUCGAACGCUGGGACGAUGCCGGUGGCGAUCUUCUCCUCGACACGGGCAGGCAGGUCGUGCGGCGUGGGCUCGGCGGCGGACUGUCGCUGCUUUCCCGCGCCGAAGAGGUCUCAACGCCAGCCAUGGACCUCAGCGAGACGUGCACGGACUGGGUGCCGUGGUCGCACUGGACGGUGCCCGCGUUCCUCGUCUACCUCGUCUUUGCCUGCCUACUGGCGGCCACCGGCGCCCACCUCGUCCGCUCGUUCGCACCCUAUGCGGCGGGCAGCGGCAUCUCGGAGAUCAAGUGCAUCCUUGCUGGCUUUGUUAUCAACGGCUACCUCGGCUUCGGCACGCUCGCCAUCAAGAGCCUGACGCUGCCCCUCGCCAUCGCCUCGGGCCUCAGCGUCGGCAAGGAGGGUCCCGCGGUGCACGUGGCCUGCUGCAUCGGCAACGUGGUGGCGGGCUACUUCCGCAGCUUCAACCGCAGCCAGGCCAAGAUGCGCGAGCUGCUGACGGCCGCCAGCGCUGCCGGCGUCGCUGUGGCGUUUGGCUCGCCGAUAGGCGGCGUGCUCUUCUCGCUCGAGGAGAUGGCGCACAACUUCCCGGCCUCAACCAUGUGGCGCAGCUUCCUCUGCGCGCUGGCCGCCACCGUCACGCUGUCGUUCAUCAACCCCUUCCGCACCGGCAAGCUCGUCCUCUUCCAGGUGUCGUACGACCGCGACUGGCACUACUUCGAGAUCCUCUUCUACAUCAUCAUCGGAGUCUUUGGCGGUCUCUAUGGCGCGUUUGUGAUCAAGUACAACCUGCAGGUGCAGAGCUUCCGCCGGAGCAACCUGGCGCAGCACGGACUCGCCGAGGCCGUCGUCCUGGCCGCCCUGACGGCCUUUAUCGGCUACGGCAACAAGUUCCUCCGGAUCGACAUGACCGAGUCGCUCGAGAUCCUCUUCCGCGAGUGCGAGGGCGGCGGCGACUACGACAACCUCUGCCAGUCGUGGGCCCAGUGGCGCAUGGUCAACUCGCUGCUGCUCGCCACGGUGCUGCGGAUCGCGCUCGUCAUCAUCUCGUACGGCUGCAAGGUGCCCGCCGGCAUCUUUGUGCCGUCGAUGGCCAUCGGCGCCACCUUUGGCCGGAUGAUUGGCAUCCUCGUCAAGGCGCUCUACAACGCCUUUCCUGACGCUAGCCUCUUUUCCGCCUGCCGACCCGACGUGCCCUGCAUCACGCCGGGUACCUACGCCUUCCUGGGCGCCGCCGCCGCGCUGGCCGGCGUCACGCGGAUCACGGUGGCCGUGGUCGUCAUCAUGUUUGAGCUGACGGGCGCCCUCACCUACAUCCUGCCCACCAUGCUCGUCGUCGGCAUCACCAAGGGCGUCGGCGACUACUUUGGAAAGGGAGGCAUCGCCGAGCAGAUGAUCAAGUUCAGCGGCUACCCCUUCCUCGACAAGGACGAGCACGCCUUCGGCAUCCCGGUCCACGACGUCAUGAAGACGGACCCUGUGACGCUCAACGCCGACGGCAUGCCGCUUUCCGAGCUCGAGGCCAAGCUGGAGCAGGCCAGCUACAAGGGCUUCCCCGUCGUCGCCAGCCGGAACGACGCAACGCUGCUCGGAUACGCCGGCAAGAUGGAGCUGCGCUACGCGAUCGCCAAGGCGAGGCGGGCGCGGGCGCUGUCGCCGCAGACGAUCUGCAUGUUUACGAUCCCGAUCGACAACGGCGACGAUGGCGACCUGUCGGCGCAUCUCCGGCCCAACGACGACCUCAACGACGUACCGUCCAACGAGACGACGGCAGCGGCUUCGCACGGCUCUGGCACCGGGCGCGCAGCUUCGAUGCUGCAGCACCUCGGGCGUGGUGCAAGCUUGACGGCCGGCGGGAGCGGCGACAGACGGCAGCGCGAGGCCGAGAGUCUGAUUGGGCAGCUGGGCGAGGACGGUAUGGGCGAUGAUGACGACGGGUUCGCAGACGGCCUCGGUCGUCCCGACGACGGCCUGGGCGAGGCCAGCGGAGGCGUCGAUGGCGAGGGCGACGAGGAUGUGAUUGAGCUGGCCGGUUGGAUCGACCAGACGCCGCUCAUCGUCCAGCCGGCCAUGGCUCUCGAGGUGGUCAUGGAUCUUUUCAAGAAACUCGGACCCCGCGUCAUCCUCGUCGCGAGGUUUGGCCGACUGUCGGGCCUGGUGACGGUCAAGGACGUGCUCAAGAAGAUUGCGGCUCAGGAAAAGGCGGAAGCCAACGCCGCUGCCGCCGCCGCAGCCGCCGCCGCCCAGCGUCUGCCUUCGACGAGCUCGGGGCACGGCAUGGGGCUCGCGCAGCACGACGCCGUUCCCAGCGGCGAGCUCGAGGCUCUGCUCAACGAGGCGUCGGAAUGGGUGCGGGCAAAGUACGAGGCGGUACGACCUCACAUCGACCCCGUCCUGAGUCGCCUCGGUCUCAGCGGCGUUUCGAGACGAAGCGGCAGCGGCGGGGGGAGAGGGCCGAGCGGGAGGGCGAGGUAUACCGAGCUGGGCGGGGAAGACACCGAAGAGAGCGGCAUCGCGCUCGACUCGACGCGGUCGUCGGUCGAUGGUGCGGCCAGCCGGGAUGCGCCGCGCAGGGGAAGGGACGGGGGGGCGCGCGGCGACGCAAAGGACGACGACGAGCAGGCUCAAUUCGUCCUCGGCGAUGAGUGA